UCGCCGUCACCACAGUAGUAGGCCCAUGUGUAGCGAAGACGACGGCAUUACAUAUGAUGAUGCAUUGUAUGGAUGUCAUCGCAGUAGUCGGUAGCUUGAUCUAUUGUGUGCGCGCAGUCAGAAGGAAAAAAGGUCUCUUAGAGACCCCUCCGUCGCCUACUUAUCUGUCGUUGGUUGUUUCGUCCCUGAAAGGGUACAUAAAUGAGUUAAUUUUAGGAAAAACGAUCGAAUGAAGAGCACGCUGGUGGUUGGCGUCUCUUUCUUACUUUUGCUUGCGGUGACUUAGUUUUUUCCUGAGCAUUUGAAAAGGCAUAACAUUUUAUUGUUGACUUUUUGUUUUGUUCAAUCAUUACCAGGAGGACAGGUAGCUCAGGUAGACGCAUUCCAGUCGAAGGGACACUUGGGCCAGACGAAGAAAAGAUAUUUAUAUUACUACAAUUGCGGCAGAAGGCUCAGUUUUGUGCAACUUGUCCAUGAUACAAGAGCCGGGGUCGAUCUAGGAUACAAACACGUGCGUUGAAAAACAAAACAAAGUAUUUGUGCGAUAAAAAGAAGUGUAUGCAAUAACCGAGCGGAAGCAGGAUGAGGUUCUGGAACAUUCCUCUGCUGGCAACGGGGGCAGUGCUAUUGGCAUUGAUCAUCGGUGAAAUCAGUUGCAAUGUGCACGAGUUCGAUGGAAAUGAUUUGAAUUAUAAUGUGAACAGUAGGCAGCAGCAGCAGCAUGGUGGGCCUCAGACAGGGCCUUCUACUUCGAUGGGACGAGGGUUUGCAGAAACGGCGAAGGAUUUGAUAAUGAGUCCUGCAGGCCAGUUGGCGGUUUCGUUCGCGAAGGAAAUGAUCAGUCGAUCUGCUGGGAAUAGCCAGGUAUUGAGUCUCAACCUCACCAAUCUGCUCAUACUGUUCCUUCUCAAAGCUUUGAUCUUUGCUGCCGGACUGAUCGGUGCCGGAAACUGGGGUGCCUACGGCCGCGGAAGAAGCGAAGGCGGAUCGUUCUUCUAUCCGGGUGAGCCGGGGCUGAUGAUUGGUUACCUAGCGGCAGAAGGUUCCGGCCAGGAAGGUUGCAUGUUGCAAAGCGCUUGUAUGUCACCGCACACGGCCAACGAGUACGCCAGGGCCGCCAGCGCUCUGGUCAAGGGAGCGGAAAUAUUCGACCCGGAAAUUCCGAAAAACAGCAAAUACAACCACCUGUUGAUUCAACUGGAUCGUGCUAUCAUGGAGGGACUUCAAGGGGCACCGUGCGAGAUGAUCUAUCCUUGUCAUUUGUAGGGACGUGGUCGUAGUCUUCUGUCGGUGUGUACAGUUUAUCUCAUAAUAUAAGCAAGGAAUUCUGGUUGGAAUAAAAGUGGUUUCUGUUUUGAGCGAUGACAGUCCAUUUCCAAACU